AUGGGAAAGCGACGCUCGACAGUUUGGAUUUUCCGUGCCCUUCAGCUCGCGCUCUUCUGCAACUUGGUGUCCGGCAAAAGUGAGUACUCGAAGCUGUUCGAGAGGUGCACCAGCGAGAAGAACACCUUCGACUGCUUCAAACAACGCGCCCUCGAGAUCCUCGACUCGGCGAUCCGCGACGAUACCGUCUACAAGAUCAACGAUUACGUCUCGAUCAGCAAGGAUCCGGCGAGCACAGCGAGGAGCCAAGACCCAGCCGGGAACAGCACGGAACUGAGCCUCGAUCAGAAGCUGGACAACAAGUUCUACGAAUACCUGUCGUCGAGGAGCCUCAAGCUCACGAUACCCGGCAAUGCUUUCGAAGGAAGAGGGAAGAGGCGCAGGGGUUACGGAUACCUACUAAUGGCAGGUGCCGUGUUAGCAGGCAUGAUGGCGCAGCUGGCUUACGGGAAAAUAGCUUUCCUCGCCGGAACGGCGUUGCUGACGGCGAAGAUGGCACUGGUGUUGAGCGCGAUAGUCGGCUUGAAAAAGCUUGUAUCGAGCGGAGGCGGUGGACACGAGGUAAUCUACGCGACAGCGUCGGACCACCACGGCGGUGGUGGAGGCGGAUACGGAGGUGGUGGCUACGGCGGCUGGCAACGAGCGAUGGAAGUCGUUCCACCAACCUGA